AUGAAUGAUUACGCCAAAGUUUUUGUUUCUGUUAAUACUGAAAAAGUGAUGCCUACAGUUUCUAAAGAACUUGCAAUUGAAUUCCUUGAGUCUAUUCCAUUUAAUGAAGAGAAAGCAGAAAUGAUCAACAAGAAAACUGUCUAUCAAUCCCAGUCUCAAUUUUGGUUUGAUCAAAGGGCAGGAAGAAUUACAGCUUCCUCAUUUUACACUGUGUGCCACCUUAGAGAGAGCACAGACAGAAGAAACACUAUUAAACAUCUCAUGAAUUACUGUCCAAUUGCUGAAGAUGCCAUGCCACGACAGUUGACAUGGGGGCAUGAAAAAGAAAAGCGAGCACUUAGUCUUUACAUAAAAAAACAGAACAAAAAUCAUGAAAAGUUGUCAAUAGAAAAAAGUGGACUCAUUGUAAACACAUUAUGGCCCUUCUUAGGAGCCAGUCCUGAUGGUAUAAGGAUUUGUGCUUGCUGCCAAAAGAAGUUAAUUGAAGUUAAAAGCAUGUAUGCAAAAAGAAAUCUCCCUCCACAUGUUGCAGCUGAGGAGAACCUCAUGCUUGUGGAUGGCAAGUAUGAAAUUAAAAAAGAAACCAAAUGGAACUACCAAAUCCAGGGACUGAUGGGGAUAACAGGGAUUCAUCGCUGUGAUCUAGUUAUAUAUACCCUCAAAGGAAUAUUGAUUGUAAACGUUAAGUUUGAUAGUGAUUUGUGGAAUGAAAUGCUCCAAAAGCUGAGAAACUUCUUCGUGGAGUAUAUAGUUCAGGAACUAUUCCACCAUGACAUACUUAAGUCAUUAUAG